AACACCCAUGAACUUCACCGAUUAACUAUAUGGACCCGACCCAUGUCUCUUCGGCGAUUAUUUUCCCACAAUUUUCACCUUCAACCACAAUUCAAACUCAAUAAACCCAUAAUUUUCACUAAAUCCAUCCAAGCUCUUGCAAUAAUCACCGAAAAUUCAUCAACCACAACUAAAUUAAACUUAACCCACGAUGUCGAAUGGACACCCGGCUCGAUUUCGUACUCGAAACUCCUCUCUCAAUGCUGCAAAACUCAGUCUUUGAACCCCGGGUUACAGAUUCACACCCAUUUGAUCAAAUUAGGAUUGAAUCAUGAUCCAAAAUGUAGAAACCAUUUGAUCAAUUUGUACUCAAAAUGCCGGGUUUUUGUCGGUGCACGCCAGCUGCUCGACGAAAGUCCUGAACCAGAUUUGGUUAGUUGGUCCGCGUUGAUAUCGGGUUAUGUGUUGAACGGGUUUGGGGAAGAGGCUAUUUCGGGUUUUAGGGAGAUGCACGCGUUGGGAAUUAGGUGUAACGAGUUUACUUUCCCGAGUGUGCUCAAGGCGUGUUCGAUGAAGAAGGAUAUUGUUGGGGGAAAGCAGAUACAUGGGGUUGUGGUGGUGACGGGUUUUGAGUCGGAUGUUUUCGUUGCGAAUACGUUGGUGGUUGUGUACGCGAAAUGUGGCGAGUUUUUGGAUUCGCGGAGGCUUUUUGAUCAGAUUCCGGAGAGGAAUAUUGUUUCUUGGAACGCUUUGUUUUCUUGUUACACGCAGGGUGAUUUUUUCGAAAAAGCGAUUGAAUUGUUUCGAGAUAUGGUUGGUAGUGGGUUAAGGCCGGAUGAGUUUAGUUUAUCGACUAUAAUUAACGCUUGCACGGGUUUACGCGAUAUAAACGAAGGAAGAAAAAUUCACGGGUAUUUGAUGAAACACGGGUACAGUUCCGACCCCUUUUCGUGUAACGCGCUUGUGGAUAUGUACUCUAAAGUCGGAGAUUUCGAAGACGCUAAAACCGUCUUUGACCAGAUCAAAAACCCCGAUAUCGUUUCUUGGAAUGCGGUUAUUGCCGGAUGUGUUCUUCAUGAAUACAAUGAUACGGCUUUGGAGUUAUCGCUAAAUAUGAGACGGUCCGGAACAAAACUGAAUAUGUUUACGUUUUCUAGCAUUCUUAAAGCUUGCUCCGGGUUAGGUCUUCAAGAUUUAGGUCAACAGUUUCACGCCGUUUUGAUAAAGUCCAACAUCGAAUUGGAUCCAUUUUUGUGUUGUGGGCUUAUAGACAUAUAUUCUAAAUGCGGUCAGAUGGAAGACGCUACACGGGUAUAUAACAUGAUGCCAGAAAAAGAAUUGAUUGCGUUUAACGCGCUGUUAUGUGGACACUCGCAUAACGACAAUGAUAUCGAAGCUUUAGCACUUUUUGUAGAGGAAUAUGGAGACGGUAUAGGAUUUAACGAGACUACGUUACUUGCAAUCCUUAAUGCCGCAGCUAGUUUGCAAGUUGUUAAUGUAACCGAACAGAUUCAUGGACUUUCGUUAAGAACAGGGUUCCAAUCGGACCCGUUUGUGAUAAACAGUCUCAUUGACUCUUAUGCAAAAGGCGGUAGUGUGGAAAAAGCAAGAAAGGUGUUCGAUGAAUCGCCUAUUGCUGACUUGGCGACUUUUACGUCGUUAAUAUCCGCGUAUGCUUAUUCGGGACAAGGUGAAGAAGCGAUAAAGCUCUACUUAAAAAUGCAAGAUUUGGAGCUUAAACCAGAUUCGUUUAUUUGUAGUUCGCUUCUAAAUACGUCAGCUAGUCUAUCGGCUUAUGAACAAGGUAAACAAAUCCAUGUUCAUACGCUGAAAUUUGGACUUUUAUCGGACACGUUUACUGCGAACUCGUUAGUCAACAUGUAUGCUAGAUGUGGAAGUAUAGACGAUGCGACUCGCGCGUUCUCCGAGGUACCCGAAAAGGGUAUAGUGUCGUGGUCGGCGAUGAUCGGAGGAUUUGCUCAACACGGGCAUGGAAAAGAAGCGCUUUCGUUAUUUGACGACAUGUUAAAAGACGGUAUUGCCCCUAAUAACGUCACCCUAGUAAGCGUCCUAUGUGCAUGUAACCAUGCUGGGCUAGUGACUCAAGCAAAACAAUACUUCGAAUCAAUGGAGGAUGUGUUUGGAAUUAAACCGACCCAAGAGCAUUACGCCUGCAUGAUCGAUAUUCUCGGUCGUGCGGGGAAGUUACAUGAAGCGAUGGAUCUUGUAAAUAAGAUGCCGUUUGAGGCUAAUGCUUCUGUUUGGGGGGCGCUUCUCGGUGCUGCGAAAACGCAUAAAAACGUUGACCUUGGUCAAAUCGCGGCCCAGAAACUCAUGCUUCUUGAUCCUGAGAAAUCAGGAACACACGUACUUCUAGCGAAUAUUUACGCGUCAGCCGGUUUAUGGGAAAACGUUGCGGAUAUACGGAGACUGAUGAAAGAUAGUAAGGUCAAAAAGGAGCCCGGAAUGAGUUGGCUCGAAGUCAAAGAUCGGGUAUACACGUUCAUCGUAGGAGAUAGAAGCCAUUCGAGGACGAAACAAAUCUAUGAAAAACUUGACGAAUUGAUGGAGUUAGUUGGUAAAGAAGGGUAUGUACCGGUUUUAGAAAUCGAUCUACACAAUGUUAAAACAAGUGAAAAGGAGCUUCUUUUAUCGUACCAUAGUGAGAAACUAGCUGUUGCGUUCGCGCUCAUAGCAACCCCUACACGAGCUCCGAUCCGGGUCAAAAAGAACCUUAGAGUUUGCGUAGAUUGUCACACAUUUCUUAAAUUUGUCAGUAAAGUUGUCGCAAGAGAGAUAAUUGUCCGAGACAUCAACCGGUUCCACCAUUUCAGAGACGGCUUGUGUUCUUGUGGCGAUUAUUGGUAAACUUUUCACAAGCGAAACAAGCUUUGGAUAAAAUUUUACCUGCGUCUGCGGUUAGUUUUUUUUUUUUUUUUUUUUUUUUUGAACGGUGUCUGCGGUUAGUUAAGGUGUGAGAAGAGCUAUUUUUCCUUGAAAUUUUGUUUACAAAUAUUUAUUUGCCAUUAAUGGUGCAUAAUGAUAAGGAUUACUCUAUUUGA